AUGGGUGUUGCGAAGAAGACCAGAAAGUUCGGACAGGUCAAACGAGUCAUCGGACUCAAGGACACCCGGCUCAAGGAAAACCGACUAAAGGAAGAACUCAAGCAGAAGGAGAAGGAAGCCAAGAGGACAGUCGGAGGCGAGCUCGUCAAAGAAGCUGCCCAGCUGCCCAGCAACAUGUUCUUCCUCCACAACGAGGCCCUGGUUCCGCCGUACAACGUCCUUUGCGAUACAAACUUUCUCAGUCAUACCGUACAGAGGAAACUAUCAUUGCUGGACAACAUGAUGGACUGUCUCUACGCGAAGUGCAACCCCAUCAUCACCUCAUGCGUCAUGGCCGAACUCGAGAAACUGGGCUCAAAAUACAGACUGGCGCUGAGGAUAGCCAGAGACGAAAGAUGGCAGCGGAUAGAGUGCGACCACAAGGGUACCUAUGCCGAUGACUGCAUCGUGGACCGAGUGAGCAAGAACAGGAUAUAUAUCGUGGGAACCAACGACAAGGCCCUGAAGCAGAGACUACGAAAGAUCCCCGGUGUUCCGAUCAUGAGCGUCGCCAGGGGCAAAUAUGUAAUAGAACGGCUGCCGGGAUCGCUGCCUACAUGA